GUAAUUUCUUUUGUAAAGAUUUAUUAACAUUUACUCUAGUAAACUUAAUAAGAAAUUGUUUAAUUUAGAAACGUGCCUAAUAAUGAAUAAUCUGCUAUCUGAAAAAGACUGUGAGAAAGUUCUUUUUAAUAAUAUCAAAACAAGUGUUAAAAUAGUGAGCUAUGAGUAUAAAAAAGUUAGUGAAGAGCCCCUGGGAUACCUUGGAGAACAUCUCUUUCUACAUAUUACAUAUAUAAAUGAAGAGGAAGAUAAAAAAAUAGUUUACUUUGUCAAGUGUCUACCGCAAAGCAACAAAGAACAACAAACUAUAGUUGCUGCUUUAGGAAUUAUUCAAAAAGAAGGGGCCUUGUAUGAGAAACUUUUAUCCAAGCUUCAGAAUUUAGUAAGUAAACAAUUUUGUCCUGAACUUUUUCUGGCCAAACCAGAUGUUCUUGUAAUGGAAAAUUUGCAAACCAAAGGAUACAAAAUGUGUCAAGACUUUUACUUAGAUCAAACCAAAAUUUGUUCAGUACUAAAUACUUUAGCAAGGAUUCAUGCUGCCUGUAUAGUGCUUGAAGAAAAACAGCGUUGUUCUUUAAUCGAUGAUUUAGCAUUAGAGCUGACAGAAUAUCUAAAUUAUUACAGACAUGCUCACGUAAGGUAUGAAUGGUUUAAAGCUUCAACUAUUUGUGUUGCAAAGGUAGCAAAUUAUUUUACUAAAAGAACUGAUCUUGAAGAAAAGAUGCUGCAGUACUUUGAAAACGUGUUACCUGGAAUUGAUUCAAUUGACUCAAACAUCAGAAACGUAUUACUACAUGGUGAUUUAUGGAAUAAUAACCUGCUAUUUGAUGAAAAAAAUGAGUGUGUUUUUGUAGACUUCCAAUCCGCGAAGUACGGCCCGCCUGCAUCAGAUUUUUGGGACUGUUUGUUUUAUAAUUUAGAGUAUGACGGCAUUCACAAUCACUUAGAAUAUUUUAUAAAUUAUUACUAUGAUAAGUUAGGAUCUGAACUGGAUUUAAAUAAUUUAGAUGUAAAACAAGUGCUUCCAAUGGACGAUUUUCUUAAAACUUUAUCAGUCUAUAAACAGCCCGUGCUACUAAAGGUAUGUGUUUGUUUAUCGUAUGUUUCACCCAAUACAUUUAAUCAAUCUAUGAUGAAUAAUAAGGAUGUCUAUGACGAGUUUAACUUUGGCGACAGAAGUAAGUUUUUACUUAAGGUAUUUGAAACUGAUAAGCAAUAUGAAUGUAAACUCAAAAGCCUUAUAGUACCUUUAGCUAAUAUGUUCUAAUAUUUAAAUGUUAAAAAUAUUUGAAUAAAUAUACAUUCAUAAAUUU